UAUAUAUAUAUAUAUAUAUAUAUAUAUAUAUAUAAGCAUAAGCAUGCAAUAACUGUAUUAAUUGGAUAUAGCAAAAGGAAACAAUAGGACAGGAACGGAGGCACGUUUGUGCUCUUAUGCACGCCCCUUACGGACCUCUUAGGAAUGGGGUAAGGUCAAUAGUAGACAGUUUUUGGUUAAAGCUUUGGGGAUUUUGAGAAGAGAAAUUAUAAAGAAUAUUUAUAUAUGAAUAUUAUAAUGAAAUUAUAAGAUUAAAAAAUGUAAUUUACGACUGUUUUUCACACACCCAUCCCAUGGUCAUGUGAUCAAUAUUCAAACAUUUAGCAACUGACUCAUAUUUAUGAUGGUUGCAGUGUCCUGUGGUCAUGCAAUCCCCUUUGGAGACCUUCUGAGAAGCAAAGUCAAUGGAGAGGCCCGAUUCGCUUAACAACCAUGUUACUAACUUAACAACUGCAGAUUCACUCAAUAACUGUGGCAAGAAAGGUUGUAAAAUGGAGCAAAGCCCACUUAAUAAAUGUCUCGCUUAGCAACAAAAAUGUGGGGCUCAAUUGUGGUUUUAAGUUGAGGACUACCUGGAUUUAGAAUACCCAGAGACCCAGUAAAUUUAAAGUAACAACAACAGUUUAGUGGUUACUAGAGGUGGGUUUCAGCAGGUUCUGACCAGUUCUGGAGAACCGGUAGUGGAAAUUUUGAGUAGUUUGGAGAAUCGAUAAAUACCACCUCUGACUGGCCCCACCCCCAUCUAUUCUCUGCUUCCCGAAUCCCAGCUGAUCGGGAGGAAAUGGGGAUUUUGCAAUAACCUUCCCCUGGAUUGGAGAUUGAAUCAGUGGUGGGUUGCUACUGGUUCGCCCCGGUUCGGAAGAACCGGUAGUAGCGGUAGUGGGAGGCUCUGCCCACCCGCCCAGACGACAUCAAAUACGCUGUGCACAUGUGCAGAAGCUUCUGCAUAGGUGCAGAAGUGGCGCCCGAGUGAGUAAAGUGACGCACACACAAGCGAACUGGUAGCAAAGGUAAGUGAAAUCCACCAAUGGAGGGAAUGGAGAUUUUACAGUAUCCUUCCCUUGUCAUACCCACCAAGCCAUGCCACCCCCCACCAAGCCACCCCCACAGAACCGGUAGUAAAAAAAAUUGAAACCCAACACUGGUGGUUAUAAUAUAGAUUUGCUUUUCCUUACUUGCACAGGAGCAUGGAUUUGGGGCUUAAAAUAGGUCCUGAAGACUGCCUAUUCUUUAAGUCAUCUUUGGAUCCAGACUUGGCGCCUGGCAGCCUAAUGAAGAAGGCUGUGGAGGGUCACAAAAGAUGAUCACUGAACCUUGACACAAAGCAACGGUCAUAAAUAUGAAGCAGUUGUCAAGAAUCUGAAUUUUGAUCACAUGAUUAUGGUCGAAAAACGGUCAUAAGUCACUUUCUUCAGUGGUGCUGUAACUUUGAAUGGUCACUAAAUGAACUGUUACAAAUAGCAUGCUAAAUGUUCAUCCUGAACUGUGAGCAUUAAUCUACAAUCAGUAUGAAGGAUUAUCCUUUGAAACCUAAGGCCUGAAAUCUAUAGACAAUAGAGACUAUAAAUAUUUUGAUAUGGAUUAAUAAAUGAGCCCCAAACGAUCAAGCCUUAGAAAAAGAGUAUUUUUUGGAAUAUGGUGCAUUCAAAUAAUUUGGAGCUAUUUCAAGCUAGGAAUACCAUGGCCAAUAUUUUCUCUUCAUUAUCUUCUACUUGCAAGAGGAAACUAUUACUGUCACAGACUCAUCUCCUGAAUGUUGACCGUUUAAACGAGGUGAAGAACAACUGGGAGAAAUUAGGAAUGGAUGAAGGGAUGGGAAAAUGUUUUGAAGAAGUAAUGAAGAACUUUCCAAAUGAGCCGUCAUGGGUAAUGAAAAAUGCUCAGAUGAUUCUCAAGGGAGACGAUGGGAAAGUGCUGUCUUUUGCUUCAGGAGAAAAAGAAUGGAAAAUCAGUGUUUCUGCUGGAGACUACAAGUUCCGUGUGGAAGCUCCAUCGAAAUCUGCAUAUCUGGCCAGAUUACGCUAUCGGCAGCAACCCCUUAGCAUUGGACGUUUAAAAAAGGUAGAAGAAGACUUGAAGACAUUUGGCCCAUUGACUCCAGCUGAGAACAGCUGCUUUGAGAUGGUACUCCAGCGGUUCAUCAAGAAAACGGGUCAAAUACAAAAUAAUGCCCAGAUAAAAUUCAUCUUUGAUACGGAUGGAGAAAAUGUGGAAUACGUAUUCGUCUCUGGAAACGGAGAUUACAAAAUGGACGCUACUUAUUCCAAUGGGCAACCUCAGUACCGUGAAUUACAUGUAAGUUCAGGCAACAAACUGGAGAAAUUCUCGUGUUCCCUUCCGACACUGGACGUUGAUAACUUGAGGGAAAUUGAAAGUGUUUUAGCCCAACUGGAUUUGCUUACCGACAGCCUAAAAUCAUGUUUUAAUCACCUUGUGGAUAAUUUGUCUGAAUUUAUCAUUACGAAUAAUCUCCAAAUUGAUUUCACCUGCAGUGAGCAAUGCCUUUCUGUAAACGCCAAAGAUUGGCAGAUCAGCGCACAGAGUAAUGAGGGAAAAGUCGACGUUACCUUCGAAUCAGAAUCUUGGGAUCUGUUUUUAAAGCAGAACAAAGGAAAAACACAUGAGCUCACUGUGGCAAAACUGAAUGAAAUGCGGGAAAAAGUCCGAAAUCUGACGGCAGCACCCAGGCGUGUCAGUGACAUAUUAAACAGAGCAGUAGUUGAAUUUUCUAAGGAAUCAUCAUGUUUGCAAAAGAACGCUCAUCUUGUUAUUGAGUGUGACCACGGACAGAUGGAUUUCAUCUCUGGCAAAGGACAGAACAGAAUCGAUAUAUUCUACAUUGGUGACAUCAUCUAUUGUAAUGUAUCUCGUACUUGGUUAAUGAGCAUAGUGAGGUUCCUACUGAGUUUGCCUAAAUACUUGCCAAAUCUUAUAGAAAUUGCAGCACGUGUAGUGCUACAUGUUUUGUGAUGUCCCUUUCAUCCAGGCAAUUACUUGGGAUAAAGCCAUUUCGAUGGGGGUUAAAUUGUAUUGAGCAGUGACUGCUGUAGGAACAUCAUUAUUGCCACGUGUUUUAUAUCUGCAUUAGAAAUAUUUUUCUACAAGAAACUCACUCAGUUGAUUCUUCCAAUAGGCAGAAGAUGUAGGUGCUUAGGUACUCAAAAUUGACCCAAAGCCUUAAAAGAAUAGUUAAAUUGAACUUUAGGAUACAUUCUGGACAAAAACUAAAACCUUAGCUUUGGAGAAAUUUAUUUCAAGAAAGACCCAUUUAUGCAGUGGUGGAACUCAAUUUUUGUUACUACCGGAUCUGAGGGAGUGGCUUCAUGGGUGUGAUGUGGCUUGGUGGGCGGGGCAGGGGGAAGGAUACUGCAAAAUCCCCAUUCCCACCCCACUCCAGGGGAAGGAUACUCCAAAAUCCCCAUUCCCUCCCUGCUCCUGGGGGAAGGAUAUUGCAAAAUCUCCAUUCCCACCCACUCUGGGGCCAGCCAGAGUUGGUAUUUGCCGGUUCUCUGAACUACUCAAAAUUUUCGCUAUUGGUUCUCCAGAACCUGCUGGAUUUCACCCCUGCCUUUAUGUAUAUAUAUUGUACUAAUUUUCAUCUAACUGAUGAGUGUGUCUAUGUGCCUCAGUUUUGACUUCUGGAAACUGCCUGGAUUUAAUCCCUGCAGUUUUCUUGACAAGAUUUCAGAAAGUACUUUGCCAUUGUCUCCUUCCUAGAGCUGAGAAAAAGUGAGUGGCCCAAGGUCACUCAGCUGGCUUUGUGCCCAAGGCAGGAGUAGAACUCACUGUGUCCUGAUUUCUAGUCUGAUGCCUUAACACUACAACAUACUGGCUCUUGAUGAGUAGCUAAACUUGCAUGUAUUGUUUACACACAGAGUUCCUUGCAAUUGUGACGUGCGUGGAUACUUUUUCCUUCCCGUUUGAUAAGGAUUGAGAUCUAGUUACUUAUGUCAAUUUAUAAGGUUACUAUAGUCUAGUUCAGUAGGUCCCUUCAUGUUUGUAUCUGGCUACUGUCUGUGUAAGGGAUGUGGCAUAAGGGACAUGGUGGCUCAGUGGUUAAGACGCAGAGCUUGUUGAUAGAAAGGUCGGCAGCUCAGUGGUUCGAAUACUUAGUGCUGUGUAACAGGGUGAGCUCCCGUUACUUGUCCCAGCUUCUGUCAACCUAGCAGUUAAAAAUGCAAGUAGAAAUAUAGGGACAACCUUUGGUGGGAAAGUAACAGUGCUCUGUGCACCUUCAGCAUUUAGUCAUGUCGGCCACAUGACCACAGUGAUAUCUUCGGGCAGCGCUGGCUUUUCAGCUUUGACACGGAGACAAGCAUCGCCCCCUAGAGUUGGGAACGACUAGAACCAGUGGUGGGAUUCUACCGGUUCUCACCAGUUCAGUGGAACCGGUUGUUAAGUAGUUAAGCAGUUCUGAGAACCUUGUUAAAUAGUUAAGCAGUUAGGAGGACAAAUUGUUAAAAAAAAUAUCUCCUUUUGUUUUUUUCACUUUACUGGGUUAAUCCUGUAAAGACUUACAGCCUUCUGUAAGUUUCUUAGCCUAAACUUUAUUGCCCUGCUUGCAGAAACUGCCUCUCCAUUAGCCUUUAUUUCAUUCUUGGCAGUACUUCCGGUUCCCGAGCUUCUCCGACUUUUUUUCCCCCCUUGACUUUCUUAAAGGGGAAGGGUUGUUUUAAGCAUUUUACACCGCUGUUGGGAGGAAAUAUUCCCCUGUUGGAGUUCUUCCAGUCAGGAUGCAAUGAUCAGCUCUUUGAAGAAAUAAUUGAAUAACGAAGCAGAAGCUUUUAAUGACAAGGAACCAAGCUGAGUGACAUUCAGCAAGGUUUAUUGGCUAGCUAGAAAGAUUGACAUUCAAACGUGAGCUUACAUACCCUUUCUGACUUUUGGCCUAAAACUGGUUUUUGGUGAAGUUCAAUUCUGUGCUUGGUGAUGAGAUAAUUUUCCCUAUUCAGCUUUGUUUGGAAGGAAAAAUGUUAAUCUCUGUUCCUGAAAGAAUCUGCUUCGGAUAUCUGACUAGUCUCUGUGUCUAUUUGUUCUGGUAAUUGGUUUAACAAGCAACAGAUAUUCUGUUUGCUCCUUUGCUUCAUUCUGGAGAGCUUAAAUGGCCUAUCUGCUAAAGGGUUUCACUUUAUGAGCAAGAGUUGGCUGCUGAUAGUUAUCAUUGCAUUUUAACUAUUUUAAUUCCUCAAGGUGCUCUGGCACCCUGCCUGAUUUGCAGGUAUUUCUAAUCUAAUGAUUGAUAUUUAGGGCAGCUUUUUGCAAGCAAAGAAGCUUUUUGUAUUUUUGUACAGUUCUUGACUUACAAUAGUUUCAAUGGCACUGAAAAAGUGACUUAUGACUGUUUUUCACACUUAUGACUGUUGCAACAAACUGUCAUUAGGGCAAAGAAGCUAUGUUACAUGACCACCUGGCCACGCUGACCAGGUCACAUGAAACACCACAGUUGUGAAAUGAGUGACAUGGUUAAGAAUGCUGCAACAGGCAUAAAUGAUGACCCGUCAUAAGUGCAAGGACCUGUCAGAAAUCACUUUUGUCAGCCCUCUGGGUAGUCCCUAUGUGCAUAGGGACUACUCAGAGGGCUCAAAAAGUUAUCUUUGACCUGUCCUUGCACUUUUGACCAGUCCUCGCAUUUACGACUGUCCUCACAU